GUCGCGGCGGCGGCAUGGCGAGGUUCCCGAGGGCCGACCUGGCUGCUGCAGGAGUUGUGUUACUUUGCCACUUUCUAAUGGACCGGUUUCAGUUCGCUGGAGGGGAGCCUCGGAACCAGAUCAGUGAUUGGCAACACCAAGUUGCUCAGGCCUUCCCGCAAGCAGAAGAGGAGAUAGAAGUAGACACACAUACAUUCAGCCACAGGUGGAAAAGGAACACAGAUCCCCUCAAGGCCGUGGACACGAACAGAGCGAGCGUGGGCCAAGACUCCCCAGAGCCCCGAGGCUUCACAGACCUGCUGCUGGAUGAUGGGCAGGACAACACCACCCAGAUUGAGGAGGACACAGAUCACAAUUACUAUAUAUCUCGGAUAUAUGGUCCCUCUGAUUCGGCCAGCCGGGAUUUGUGGGUGAACAUAGACCAAAUGGAAAAGGACAAAGUGAAGAUUCAUGGAAUACUUUCCAAUACUCAUCGACAAGCUGCAAGAGUGAAUCUGUCUUUCGAUUUUCCAUUUUAUGGCCAUUUUCUACGUGAAAUCACUGUGGCAACGGGGGGUUUCAUAUACACUGGAGAAGUUGUACAUCGAAUGCUGACAGCCACACAGUACAUAGCACCUUUAAUGGCAAAUUUUGAUCCCAGUGUCUCCAGAAAUUCAACAGUCAGAUAUUUUGAUAAUGGCACAGCACUUGUUGUCCAGUGGGACCACGUACAUCUCCAGGAUAAUUACAACCUGGGAAGCUUCACAUUCCAGGCAACCCUCCUCAUAGACGGACGCAUCAUCUUUGGAUACAAAGAAAUUCCUGUUUUGGUCACGCAGAUAAGUUCAACCAAUCACCCAGUGAAAGUGGGGCUAUCUGAUGCAUUUGUCGUUGUCCACAGGAUCCAACAAAUUCCCAAUGUUCGAAGAAGAACAAUUUAUGAAUACCACCGAGUAGAGUUACAAAUGUCAAAAAUUACCAACAUUUCAGCUGUGGAGAUGACCCCAUUACCUACGUGCCUCCAGUUCAACGGUUGUGGCCCCUGUGUAUCCUCCCAGAUUGGCUUCAACUGCAGUUGGUGUAGUAAACUUCAAAGAUGUUCCAGUGGCUUUGAUCGUCAUCGCCAGGACUGGGUGGACAGUGGAUGCCCUGAAGAGUCAAAAGAGAAGAUGUGUGAGACUGUGGAAUCAGUGGAAAGUUCUUCUCAGACCACCACAACCAUGCAAGCAACUACUGUACUAUUUAGGUUCUUAACAACCACCAGAAGAGCAGCAACAUCCCAGCUGCCCACCAGCCUGCCCACAGAAGAUGAUACCAAGAUAGCACUGCAUCUAAAAGAUAAUGGAGCCUCCACAGAUGACAGUGCAGCUGAGAAGAAAGGGGGAACGCUGCAUGCUGGCCUCAUUGUUGGGAUCCUCAUCCUGGUCCUCAUUAUCGCAGCAGCCAUUCUUGUGACAGUCUACAUGUAUCACCAUCCAACAUCAGCAGCCAGCAUCUUCUUUAUAGAGAGACGCCCAAGCAGAUGGCCUGCGAUGAAGUUUCGGAGAGGUUCCGGCCACCCAGCCUACGCUGAAGUUGAACCAGUGGGAGAGAAGGAAGGUUUUAUUGUAUCAGAGCAGUGCUAAGAUUUCUAGGACAGAACAGCACCAGUGCUGGCUUACAGGUGUUAAGACUAAAACCUUCCCUAUACCAUUAAGACAAAAAAACACAAACACACAUACACACAGACACACACACACACAGGGAGCCCUAAGCUGCUGUAGCCUGAAGGAAACAAGAUUUUUGGACAAGCCCAGCCCAGGAAGGGUAAGAGAAAAACGAAAACUUAUAAAAGCCACAAUUUACCACUGAACAUAGAAUUCCUUUGAGGAUUGGCAUCUAUAGUUCACCCAGAACAUCUCGUGUGGACUUCCCAGAAUUAUGACAAGAUUACAGUGCCAUCGGCUUAGGUGCAGGGUUGCAAAGGGAUCGAGAACAAGAACACUAAUAACAAAGCUUUAGUUCACAAAGGAUCUACACCUUUGGUUCAUAUACUCUUCUCCGAUGUCUCAAAGAUAACUGUGUCCCAAAGCCGGAACCCUUCCACCCAAAAGAGCAAUGAUGAAUGUCAAGAUUGCUGAGAAAAAUAGCUCACGCAGGAACAACACAAACACAAAAUAAGAAAUUUUCUAUCUUUUCAUCAGACGUGUGGCCAAAGGAUUGUGUUUUUUUCUGGUCUACAUCCACCUGUUCCAACAGGUUCAUUACUUUAUAGGAUGAACUUUUAUCUGCACAGGAGGUUUAAACUAUGCUUCCCUCUUCCUUGUUAAUGAAUGCCCUUUUGUGAGCUGUGGUAGAAUUUCCAACCUGUUAGCUAAGGAUUAGGAAAGAGGGAGUAGCAAAUGAAGCUUUCUAUUCUCGCUCCUCAGAAUAAAACUUGAUUUGCUUUACGAAGCAUUGCCUCCAUUUCCCAACUGUGAAGUCCUAUGAAGCCACAGUUGCUCUUGGCUGAAGGAAACAAAAGGAUGAGUAGUUCCUUAAUCACUUUUUAAACAAAAAUGUUAAGGGAUUCUUAGUAUAUGGGUAUUUUUUACUUUUUGCCGUUUCAGUACUAAAGGCCCAUUUCAUUGUCGAUUCCCUUCUAAGAAGCCAUUUAAGUCAGCAUAUCCCUGGUGAUAAAA